AGUUAUGUUGUGGUUUUGUUAUUCAUAUUUCAAAUUUAAAUGGAAUUGUUUUUCUUAAAUUAUUCCUUAGUAAAUUAACUGAAUGCGGACAAUAAUUCACUUACCAAGGAAACUUGCAAAGUAAACGUAAAAAGUACUUCGUCUGCGAAAAUGACUACCCCAGACUUGAGACUUCUGGACAGCUUUAAACUCUCUGAAUCUGUAUGUCAGAAUUUUGCUUGUGAACUCUCCAAAGAUGAACGGUUUUUUUUUGUUGCGGAAUCAGGAUUGUUUAUAAUUACUCAAAAAGCCAAUCUAAAUAGUCAAGUUGCAAAGUACAGCUGCCUCAAACAUUACCUGAAACCAACAGACUUUGCUGUCAGUGAAAAUAUAAAUAUUGACUUACAAAGUUUUAUGUAUGAAUUGCCAAGAGAACUUUUUUAUGAGACUUUUGGUAGUACAGACUUGGCUCCAAAAGUUGCAGAUUUACCUGCAAUACCCAAAAUUAAACAAGCUCAAUGGUCUGAUGUCAACAUGGUUGACCAUGCAUUCUGUCUUCUUGGUGUCUUAACUAGUUUUUAUAGUUUAGAAAUCUAUAUGAAAAUAAGAAGUGAAAACAACAUAAUUGAGUACAAAAAUGUUUUGAACUUAUCUCAGAAUAUAAUUGAACAGAGAAGAACAAAUUUUGUUUACAGUAAUAGGAUGCCACCCAUUCAGAAGAAUAAUGAAUUUAAAAAACGAGUUGAAAUUUGUGCACCAUUAGUUUUUCAGUGGAGCCACUGUUUCAGCUAUGGAGAUUACAAAUGUUCUGUUAUAUUUAUAGGACAUUUUGGAGGUGAUAUAAGUAUUUGGAGAGUGUUUAGCUUAAGAUCUGCAGAAAAAGAAGCCAGAUCUGAAUUUAUACUCAGAUAUAGCACCAAACUUGGUAACAUUUCUGCUUUGUAUUGGCAUCAAACAAAAGAGUAUGGAGGAGCUCUUUGCAUUGGAGAUAAGAAAGGUAAAAUAUCAGUUUUAGAAAUUGUGGGCCUGGACAAUCAAACUUGUAGGAUUAAAAAUGAAGUGGAAUUUUUUUCAAAAGAAGAUGUGCAAGUAGAUAAAAUCUCUAUAGUGUCAACUGAUAAAUAUACUUUCUUAGUGGCAAUAAAGCAAAGUUAUCUUCUAAUAUUUGCCCUUAAUGCCUCAGGAGAAGUAUUUGAUUUUGUAGCAUAUAAUGUCAAUAAUUUCUAUAUAUCUGGCAUCACUCACAAAGAUAAUGUUUUAAAGGUCUGCACUUUUACUGGUGUUCUUAAAGAACUUGUCUUAACAGUAGAGAAUAACAACAAAAUUAAUAUUUUAGACUACACCAUUCCAGUAAAAUAUGACUUUUUUGGUUAUAGAGUAUCUGGCUACUUUGAAUCAACUAAUAGCAUAUUGUUUAUUAUGAUCUUAUCCCCUUGUAUGUUAAUAAAUAAAAAAAGCUUUAAACAAGGUGACACAACUAUUUGUGUUUUUUCUGAUACUAAUAUAAAACCCUUAAAACUUCUGUUAGACAAUGCCACUGGCAGCCUUAGAACAUUUUGGGACUGUUUGGAGUGUCUAAGAUUAAUUUGUGUAAAUGAACAAAGAUUUCCUUGGCUUGGAUUAAGUUCCACUUUAGAAAUAGAUAGUGUAACAGUAUUGCAACUUAAGACUUUGAGACAUAUUGCCAAAAUAUCUGAAACGGUCUUUCCUCUAAUUAAAAAAGUAGCAACUUAUGAAAUCAAGCCAUUUAUUUUGCUACACUACUUAGUACAGAUUAAGCUCAUAGUGCAAAGGGUAGGAAACUUAUUGGAAAAAAAAUCUUUAGGAAGCCACCUUACCUUAUUUGAACUAAGAAGUAUUGACUUACAAGUUUGCUUCCUUAAAGAACUAGUGAUUGGAGGAUUUUUAGCUAAAGCAAAAGCUGGAAUGACUUUUGUCAAAGAAAUAUCCAACAUUUUAGCCAUUGCAAAUGAGAUGGAAUUUCCAGAUAUGUUACAGUGUCAGUUUUGUGGUGAAAAACUGAUAAGUUGUAUUUGUUUACCUCCACAUCCAGAUAGUCGAUGUGUAUUCUCAAUGAUGCCAAUAUUUAUUGCUCCUAGUUACAUAUGUUUAAUGUGCAAUUCUUUGGCACAUUCUGAUAUAGAGCAAUAUAGUAGCGUACCAAUAAUAUGCCCCUACUGUGAUUUUCCUAUGGAGGCAGUAUGUUUAAGUGAUAAUAUUAAGAAAGGAAUAGGUAAUUGUGCUACAAAUGACUUGGAUUUGAUUGAUGAGGUGAGGACAAAAUGUUAUGAUGACUGUGUAAAAGAUAGUGAUGAAACAAUAGGGGAUUUGUGUGAUAACUUAGAUAACAAUGACAUUUUGUUUAAUAAUGUUAGUGAUGAUGAGGAGGGUGUUAAAAGAAAAUUAGAAGAAAGUGAGCUAAAGACUUUGUAUUUCAAAUUAAACUCUGUUAGCAUUACAAAUAAAACAGAGAGAGCCCAUGAAUUAGACAUAAUAAAUAUAGCUUAAGUGGCUUUUUAAAUAUUCAAAAUUAUGAAAUCAAAAAUAAGAAACAUAAGUACUAUGUUAUGCUAUCCUAAUAACAUAUUUUCAUAUGCUAUUUUAAGCUGACAAUUUACCAAGAGUAUCUUUGUAAAAUUCUCAGAUUGUUGCAUGUACAGAGAAAUGUUAAAAAUUAAUUCCAAUAUCAAAAAAACUUGUAGAGUACACAAUUUAAAAAAAAUUCUAAGGUUGACUCACCUCACCAUUUCUAUUAAUGGAUGCCAUAAAAAGUAUGCAGAUUUAAGUGAUUUAUAUUUGAUGUCAAACUUGUGUU